AUGGUCGACAUAGGCAUCUCCAAGUAUAAUUAUUCUUCCCAUUUAUUCUCGGUUUUGGCACCGGAUUAUGGCUCCUUGCGUCAAAUUGGACGAGAGGACGCAUACUUGGGGGCGCAGACACUUUCCGAUUGUAUUGAGGUUUUUUCAGCAGUGCCGUUGAAAGAGUUGGAUAAAGACCGGAAGAUGAGGAAGAAGGUGGCAUAUAGCUUCUACAGGAUCUUAUUCAUUCUACCGGAAGCGAUGAGGUUUAACCCGAUCAUGGACUUUGUUGCCAAAACCACCUUAGAGGACGAAAAGGAGGUGCCAGGUUGGAUAUUGGAGUUAGUUAACAAGUGGUCCGACCUGUCCAAAAUUGCUCGGAAAUAUGAGGGUGCGGUUGAUGAUGAUGAGGUGAUUGAAGAGUUAGAAAGAUGUUUGAUAAAUGAGAUUGUACUUGAGGGCAACACGAUUCGGCUACAAACUAUGGGUCAGUUGCGAAGAGUUCUUGGGAUGCUGACUUACGAGUCGGAUGACGGUCCACCAGACUUGAAGAAAGGAAAGUCUCCUCAGAAAAAGAAGAACAAGUCCAAGGGCUAA